GGAAAAGAAAAAAUGGUUGGCGCGGCUUCGCUUCCGUUUUCCCUCCUCCUCCUUUUCCUUCUACCCUUUACUCUUCUCAUAAAUGACAAAUCUCCAUUUUCAUUGCAAGAAAGUAAACACUCUAGCUGUAACCGCUUCCGUUUUUGUAGAACUUACUCGCCAUUGCUUCCGCCGCGCAGAUUCUUAAACUCCCUUCUCCCAUUGUUUUCUCUUUAUGUAUAAUUCUAAUUAAGAGUUUCUCUCUGUGCUUCAUCUUCAUCCCAUCGGAAGCCAUGAUGGCUUCUUUGUGUGUUUCUGGCUUCAUUCUUCUGUUGUUCGUGGGAUCUGCUCUCGGUUUGGAGAACUUAAAUCUGACGCAGAGGGAGAGGGAGAGGGUUUCUGAUGAUGAGAUGCCUGUCGGCUUCCCGCCUCUCUUCGUCCCUCUCACUCUAAUUCCAGCUGCAGCUGCCACUGGAGCUUUAUGCAUGGAUGGCAGCUUACCUGGUUACCACCUUCACCGUGGGUUUGGAUCUGGAGCACACAGUUGGCUUGUCCAAUUAGAGGGAGGAGGUUGGUGCAAUGAUAUCCAAUCAUGCCUUUACCGCAAGAAAUCUCACCGAGGUUCAUCAUACUACAUGGAGAAGCAGCUACAAUUCACUGGAAUUCUGAGCGAUAAAGCUGAGGAAAACCCAGAUUUUUAUAACUGGAACAGAGUUAAGGUUCGCUAUUGUGAUGGUGCGUCUUUCCUUGGCGAAGGCUAUGACAGGGCAGCAGGGCUUUUUUUCCGUGGUCAUCGCAUUUGGUUAGCUGCUAUGGAAGAGUUAAUGUCGAAGGGAAUGCGUAAUGCCAAUCAGGCACUUCUUACCGGCUGCUCUGCCGGCGGCAUGGCAGCCAUACACCAUUGUGAUCAAUUUCGAGCAUUGUUUCCGGAAAGCAUAAGAGUCAAGUGUCUUGCAGAUGCAGGAAUGUUCCUUGAUGCUAUUGAUGUGGCGGGUCGCCGCACCUUAAGAUCAUUCUUUGGAGGGGUAGUGAAGUUACAGGGGGUGGCAAGGAACUUACCGACCUGUACUUCACACUUGAAUCCAACUUUGUGUUUCUUUCCACAGAAUGUGGUUUCCCAUGUUCAGACUCCUCUUUUUCUAUUAAAUACAGCUUAUGAUGUAUGGCAGCUUCAAGAAAGUCUGGCAACCAAAGUGGCUGAUCCACAAGGCUAUUGGGAAGAUUGUAAGAUGGAUAAUGCGAAAUGCAACACAAGUCAAAUCCAAUUUCUGCAAGACUUCAGGAAUCAAAUGCUUGGAAUUGUGGAAAAGUUCUCGCUAUCAAAAGAAAAUGGGAUAUUUAUAAAUUCAUGCUUUGCUCAUUGCCAAAGUGAGAGGCAGGACACUUGGUUCGGUAGCAACUCCCCAGCUAUUAGGAAUAAGGGAAUCGCAGAGUCUGUUGGUGACUGGUACUUUGGCCGAUCUCGGAUUAAAGAAACGGAUUGUCCUUAUCCAUGUGACAAAACAUGUCAUCACCAAGUCAAAAGAAAGAAGCCUCCUUCGACAUUCCCUAGUGUCUCUCUGCAACCAUAUCCUUAACUUGAAAUGUCAUAAGAAAUGUAGAAGUGAAUGUAAUUCUAUGAAUUUAUAGCUGUCCAUAUUUGGACCUAUAGUGCAAUCAAUUGUACUCUAUUGGAUAAUUUUGUUUGACAUGUUUUACAGAAUAGUCAAUAAUUAUAUAAAAAAAAAUUUCCUGGCUUAUAAAGUCAUUGUUAUGUUGAUGCAUCUUUAUUUGUUCCAGUAAAAUGGAUAUGCAUAUAUAAAUUUUUGUUCAUCUUCAUUUGAUUACACCUAUUAGUUAAUCUCUACACAACUUUUUUGAUAAAUAUUGAACAAAAUAUGAAGAGAAAUUAUAAAAUAUAGCUAGGAUUUUCAUGCUAAACUAGGAUGCUGAAAAGAAACAUGUAAGGAUCGAACCACACUUUGGUGCAUUAAUUCUUAUGGGAAAUUGACAUGCAUAGCAUACACUUCUUAUAUAUUUACAUGUCUCACACCUAAACUUUCAAAUUUACACACAUAGCACUAAAC